AUGAAGAAAUAUUUCAAUUAAUUCAAUAUAAGGUUGUAACAGUUAGGAUUAAUGCUUAGAGAUGUAGAGGCUGAUGGAAAUUGUCUCUUUAGAGCCAUUGCUGAUUAACUAACUGGAAAUGAAGAAAAUUAUAAUAAGUAUCGCUCUAUGGCAAUCCGAUCACUCUAGAAAAAUCGAAAAUUUUUUUCUGAUUUUCUUCCAGAAGAUUUCACAUUUAAUGAAUAUACUAAACGAAUGUCUGAAGAUGGAAUAUGGGGUGGACAUUUAGAACUAUAAGCCUUGAGUAAUUCUUUACAAAUCGAUAUUGUUGUCCAUACCUUGGAAAAUUAUUACAUCAUAAAACAUAUUCCAACAAAGACUUGUUGGUCGUCUUUUAAAGAAAAAAUUCAUCUCUAUUUUAACAAGAAGCAAGUUCCCAUUCAAAAAUAAAUACAUAUCGCUUUUCACUCAGGGAAAAAAAUAAUUAAUCAUUAUUAAUCAGUUAGAUUAAUUGAUGAUAAUACAAAUAAACCUGCCAAAUAACCAUAAAUUUAUUGUGAAUUAUCUGAAUAAUCAACAACUGAUGAAUCCUAUUGA